AUGGAGCCGGAGAUGGAGGACAAAACGCUAGAACUAAUGACGACAUCAGGUAUGGAGUCACAAAGUCUUGUGGAUGAUCUUUCGCCAAAGAAGACCACAGUACUCAAGCUUAGUAACGGUCCUGUGGUGUCACGCAAACGUCCAUCAGAGGGAAACUACGAAAAAGAGAAGGAACACUGCAUUGCUCUUUUUGAUCAGUGGUCAGAGGCUGACCAGGUGGAGUUUGUCGAGCGCCUGAUCUCCCGAAUGUGCCACUAUCAGCAUGGCCACAUAAACUCCUACCUCAAACCCAUGCUACAGAGGGACUUCAUCACAGCGCUGCCAGCUCAAGGUCUAGACCACAUAGCGGAAAACAUCCUGUCCUUCUUGGACGCACGCUCUCUGUGUUCGGCAGAGCUGGUGUGUAAGGAGUGGCAGAGGGUCAUCUCUGAAGGAAUGCUCUGGAAGAAACUCAUUGAACGAAUGGUUCGAACAGAUCCCCUCUGGAAAGGCUUGUCUGAGAGACAUCAGUGGGAGAAAUAUUUGUUCAAGAACCGUACAGCAGAAGUUCCACCCAACUCUUACUAUCAUUCUCUUUACCCCAAGAUCAUCCAAGACAUAGAGACUAUUGAGGCUAACUGGAGAUGUGGUAGACACAACCUGCAAAGGAUUCAAUGUCGUUCAGAAAAUAGUAAAGGUGUUUAUUGUCUUCAGUAUGACGACGAAAAAAUUAUUAGUGGCCUUAGGGACAAUUCCAUUAAGAUUUGGGAUAAACAAACCCUGGAGUGUCUGAAGAUCCUAACUGGUCACACAGGGUCUGUGUUAUGUCUACAGUACGACGAAAGGGUCAUUGUCACUGGCUCAUCUGACUCCACUGUCAGGGUGUGGGAAGUCACUACAGGAGAAGUUCUUAAUACCCUGAUACACCACAAUGAGGCAGUGCUCCACUUACGCUUCGCUAAUGGCCUUAUGGUCACUUGUUCAAAAGAUCGAUCCAUUGCCGUGUGGGACAUGGCAUCUCCGACCGACAUCAGCCUGCGGCGCGUUUUGGUCGGACACAGAGCAGCGGUCAAUGUGGUCGACUUUGAUGACAAGUACAUUGUGUCCGCCUCAGGAGACCGUACCAUCAAGGUGUGGAGCACGAGUACCUGUGAGUUUGUGCGCACGCUGAAUGGCCAUAAGCGAGGCAUUGCAUGUCUACAGUACAGAGAUCGCCUCGUGGUCAGCGGCUCGUCAGACAACACAAUCCGGUUAUGGGAUAUCGAAUGCGGGGCGUGUUUGCGAGUCUUGGAAGGUCAUGAGGAGUUGGUGCGCUGUAUUCGCUUCGACAACAAAAGGAUCGUUAGUGGUGCAUAUGAUGGUAAAAUCAAAGUAUGGGAUCUACAAGCAGCACUUGACCCCAGAGCUCCUGCCAGCACAUUAUGUCUACGCACUCUAGUGGAGCAUUCGGGUCGUGUGUUCCGGCUCCAUCAGAGGGUCGGUCUCCCUCACGCACCUACACCUACAUUUCAAGAUAGCAGGUGGGGUAACUUCACCUUUUCUUGGAGGAGCCCAGAUGGGUGA